AAGCGUAGAACAGGACCAAUUGUCCGCCGGCUUUUCCCUGUUGGCAACCAUUUGCUAAGAGCACCCUAUUAUCGCUAGAAUCAUACUCAUGCCCAUUGCUAAGCGGUGCAAGUUAGUUAUAUCUUGAGGUUCUUAAUGACCAAACCCCACUAGUUGAGAUAUAGAGAAGCGUACACUGCAGCUGCUCUGACCAUGGCUGGGGAAUUCAUCGUUGAAGCGAUCCCUGUGUCAAUCAGUCAAGGAAAUGACGGUGCUCUCUAUUUGCUUGUUGAAAAGAGAGAAAUCGGCGUGCAAGACAAGAUUCGCGCCGCAGUGCUGAUUGAUAGUGAAAAUGGCGUGUUGGAAGGAGUUAAAAUGCACGAUAGCAAAUCUACGAUCGACAGGCGACCAAUUCUGUCUACGUUCGAGUGGAUUGAAAAGAGCUACAACCUAAGCCCAUACAAACGGCUAAAACUCACCUCCAUUGUCGUGACAGGAUCGAAUGAACACGGAAUUGCAAAUUUCCUCCAUGAUGCGGUGGUUCAAGCGCAUGGCCUGUCAACCCGAACCCCAAUACCCUGGCUCAAAUGGGACGAGGCUGGACGGCCGUUGACUUAUUUCUACUCCCUAGUAGGGAGCAACACAAAUAGCACUGGAUCGGAUGAUGAAAGCCGCUUUGAUUAUUCCUCUGGUACGGUGUCUAUCAAGUCGGCGUUGAGCAGGGAUUCUAAGCAGCAGUCCCGUUAUUCGUUUGCCAGACACCAUGGCACAUCAGGAAACGGACUUUUGGGUGCGAAUUUCUUAAAUAAUGCAAUACUGGAAAUCCCCGCCGAGGAUACUACGGACGUAACUCCCGCUGUGCUCCUGGUGAAGAAUCCACCUGAGAAAGGGUGGCCAGCCAUGUACUGUGUGGCCGCGGAUGGAUUCAACUUUUCAAUUACUUCUUAUUCGAACAAACCUACUACAGUGGCCAGUCAUAGCAGGAACAAAACACACGCGAUUACUGCUGUGAUGAUGUGGGACACGUCACCUCCGCGUGCAUCCCAUUAUUUUGGAGGAAACCUGGUCGAAAAUGAGAAGACAGAACUACAGGGCUGGCUUUCCCGCGACAAUGUUCACACAAUUAAAAGUGUUUACAUGUAUAACGGAACUAUGAGAUCUGCAGACGGACUUAGACUUGCUCGUGCCGUUCGAUAUCCAUCUCCACUUGCUCGGACGUGGAUUCUAAAAGGUUCAAUGCACUACUUCUACGGCGCUACUAUGGCCAAAUUUUUCCCAUCAAGCUUGCAGGACGCAGUCAUCCCAUUGCUCGAGAAGAUCCUAGUGGAAAAGCUCGAGGUGACCUAUGAGUACAAUCAACUAGGACAAGGGCAGGCGAAAGCAUCCUCAUUCGUAAUCGCCGGCAACUUGCUGGUUGGCAAGCACCGCUUGACUCUCGAUUUUACCCACGAUGGUGCAGUUUGGAACUUCGAUGCCACGAUGAAUGCCAACGAAAAUGAAGACGUGGAAUCCAACGCUGGCGAGAUGAUCCGUGGCAUAGCUGGGGACCUGGGUCUUCCGGACUUCUUAGUGAAUAUUGUGAUCCCCAAGAACGGACAAAACGAAAUCGGGUUAUCCAUAAAGCAGGAGUCAGACCUGCUGGUUCUUGUUGCCACAUGGAAAAUCGGUAACUUGACAUUCCAAUACCUUCAAUUCCGGGAAAUAGCAAAAAACGCACCUUUAAGGCGUGUUGUUCUGGCUUCUCUGGACAACUUAUCUGCGACUCCCAUUCCGAUGCUCGGGGAUAUCCCUCAGCCAUUUGAACAGAUUGUUUUCGCAUGGGUACAAUCCCUUCAGCCAAAUGCAAAGGGAUUAGUAAAAGGAGAGAUCGAGAACAUUAAUAGCCUACUCAGUAGGAUGAAGAAGCCGCAAAUCCCGUACAAGAUCCUAGACAAGAACGAAGACCAAACGUCCACCACAACAGCACUGUUAAACGGACUGCACUUCAUGGUAGUCGCGAAUACAACCCAGGCACAAUCGCAAGUGAUUCUUGACUACGCUUUCAGCCAGGCCAAAAGCGGCCAGUCAAAGUCACCACAGGACAGCGCUGAUAACCCCGGCUCGCGCAUGGUGUCCCUGCAAAAGGUCAUGGGGGUGUUCAGUAUCAAGAAUAUUGGCCUGCGGUACUCUACCGGCUUAAAUGAAAAACAAUCCAUUCUCUCGAUUCGUUUAGAUGCGUCCGUGAUGGUUGGACCGAUUGAAUUCUCCGUCCUCGGGUUAAGCAUCAACCUUGACUUCGCCGAUGGCUCCGAAUCGGACGGCGAAAGGUACAGCUUACACAAUCUCCCAACGCCGUAUCCCACGCUUGAAGGGCUACAGACAUCGUUCGAUAAGCCUCCCAUCCAGAUCUCUGGGGCUUUGCAGUUACUAAAAACGACAGAACUAGAAUCAUACGCAGGUGCCUUGGUCAUCAGCUUCAUCCCUUGGCUCUUCCAGGCUGCUGGGUACUAUGGGAAAAUCAAGACCCCGAAGGAGUUUGAAACGGUGUUUGUGUAUUGCAUUCUGAAAGGCCCUCUCAUAACUCUUCAAUUUGCAUCCAUUGAGGGAAUCUGCGGCGGUUUUGGAUUCAACAGUCAGCUGAAGUUUCCCACGGCUAAGAAUGUGAUGGAGUUUCCGUUGAUUGCCCAGGGAGCAGCGAACCCGCCUGGUGGAGGUACAAGCCCAGUUGACGCUCUGGAGUCCCUCUUGAAAACUUCGUGGUUUGUCCACCAGGAAAAGUCCUUCUGGGUUGCGGCUGGACUUACCGUCAAGGCCUUUGAGAUCCUUAGUGUGCAGGCAGUUGUCGUGGUCCAGUGGAAUCCCUACGUAGAACUGGGAAUCUUUGCUGUUGCCACGGCCAGCAUUCCUGGCGGCAGGAGCCCGCGUCAGUUUGCCUUUGUUCAGCUAGGAAUAAUUGCCAGUGUAAAUUUCGAAACGGGUAUCUUGAAGAUCGAGGGCGAACUAACCCCCUCAUCUUACAUCCUAGACCCCAGCUGCCAUUUGACAGGUGGAUUUGCCCUAUACAGUUGGUUCGAUAGCAGAGAUCCUAAUUUACGCGGUGAUUGGGUCUUCAGUAUCGGUGGAUUCCAUCCUGCGUACCAGAAGCCUCCACAGUACCCCGAGCCCUCUCGGCUAGGCAUCAGCUGGCAGUUCGGAAAGUCAAUCAGCAUUUCGGGCCAGGCAUACUUCGCCAUUACGCCAAAGGUUUGUAUGGGCGGCGGCCGAUUAGAUGUACAGUUGAGCUUGAAGCCUCUGUAUGCGUAUUUCAACGCAUUCGUCGACUUCCUCAUCAACUAUAAGCCGUUCUACUUCAUCGCCGAGGGCGGAGUGUCCGUGGGAGUGAAGUUCACGCUGGACCUGUGGCUCGUCACUAUCAAAAUUAGCGUCCAGAUCGGCGCGAGACUAUACAUCAGAGGUCCCCCCAUCCAGGGUACCGUGCAUGUGGACUUUUGGGUAUUUGGCUUCGACGUCGACUUUGGUGCCAAGUCGAUUCCUGGUCCGGCACCACUGAAGCUGCAGGACUUCAUCGACCUCGUCUCUCAAGCUGAUACACCAGGUGCGGCGGCAUUUAUCAAAGGUCCUGUAACCGAAGAAGAGAAGCCCAAGCUGCACGUGUUUUCGAUCGAGGAGGGCCUUGUGCCCAAGUACGAGAUCGAGUCGACUCCCAGCGGCGACCAUUGGGUUGUCAGCCCAGGCGGAUUUAUUUUCUCCAUCGCCUGCAAGUUCGUUGUCCAAGAAGCCGUCGUUAUCACCAAGACUUACGGCGGAGAACCCUACGAAGGAAAAACCGUGGGAAAAAACCAUACGGUGAACGCAAAGCCCAUGCAUGCCAAUGGCGUUACAUCGUCCUUAAAGGUGACUAUUCAGCCCACUGAGCUUUUUGUUAGAGACACCGACUUCCCGGAUCCAACUUGGGACGACUACGACGCGAUUUAUACAGAUGUUCCUGAGGCUUUAUGGGGUCAAUACGAUGCGCGGACCGAUCCUUCAAAAACAAGGAACCCAUCGGCCCUGCUCAAUGGGACAUCCGGCAAAACGCUCAACCACAUGACGGGUAUCCGCAUUGCCAACCCUCAGCCCAUAUGCGCGGAGGAUAAAACAAUUGCCUACGAGAUUGCCCUCUUUCAAAUUGGUAGCCUGGGACCAUUCGAACUCCCCCUCACGGAGGUUAGAGACCAAGAUUUUGAAGGUGACAACGCGGAGGACACAGAGCAAUGGGCACGUGUGAAGGCAAAGUGGGAAACACCAGGGAUCGAGGCUAAUGCAGCGCAGAGGACUGUGGACCUCUGGACGGACGUGCUCGCCUCGAAGAUGGGAUGGGACGCAGACAGAAUCAAAGCUGGAGAGGAGGAAGCAGCACUUACGGGAGCGAAGCCCGAGAGGAUUAUUAAGAAUAUCACUAAGUACUAUCUGUGGGCACCAGCCCUCAGCAAGGCGUGACGGACGGUUGCCGGAACAGUUGAUUUAGUAUAACGAGCGUAGUAUAAUCUAUUUAGCAUUUUCAGAAAUUGAGAGAAAAUUCAUGCAAUAACUUUAACC